AAAAAGGGGACCAAGGCCUGCCAAGCCUGGAGGACGGUCUUGGCAUGGUCCUUGGCAACCCCCCCUGUGUUUGCCAGCCGAACUUAACCUACCCUGCAAACCAUGAGGUUCUCCACGCUCGCCCACGCCCUCGGGGUCACCCUGCCGGCGCUGUCUUCGGCCCUCACCGUCGGCGACGCCGUGGGCAGCUCGCUGGCCCACUUUGGCCGGCGCGAGCUGGCCAGGCGCGAGAGCCUGUCGGGCGUGCUCAAGGAUAUCGAGAACGUCGCCUCGUGCGCCGCCUGCAACCUCCUGCUGCUGGUGCUGCAGGCCCUCGCCCAUACGGGCAACGACAACUUCUCAAAGGCCAUCACGGCCGUCUGCCAGGCCCUGCACGUCCAGGACGCCGACGUCUGCGCCGGCGCCAUCGGGCUCGAGGGCCCCAUCCUGGCCCACGACCUGCGCACCAUGAGCAUCAACACCAAGACCUCGCAGCUCUUUUGCCUCACCGUCUUUGGCCUCUGCCAGUGGCCCGACGUCGACACUGCCAGCGCGCCCAGCCUGCCGGCCAAGCCCGCCGCCGCCGCCACCGCCGCAUCCCGCCCGGCCCCGAGCGGCCGCGAGCCGCUCAAGGUGGUGCACAUCAGCGACAUCCACGUCGACCAGAGCUACACGGCCGGCGCGAGCCGGAACUGCACCAAGAACAUCUGCUGCCGGCCCUACACGGCCGCCGACGCGCCGGGGAACAGCAGCUCCCCCGCGGGCGCCUUUGGCGACGCGCACUGCGACACGCCCGUCUCGCUCGAGGAGAGCAUGUACGCGGCCGUCGGGUCCCUCGUGCCGGGGCGCAACCUGUCCAUCUUUACCGGCGACGCCGUCGAGGGCGCCGUGUGGCUCGUCAGCAGGCCCGAGGUGACGGCGGACCUGGGCGACGCCUUUGGCCGCAUGCGCCGGCUCGGCACCACCGUGUACGCCGUGGCGGGCAACCACGACGUCGCGCCCGUCAACUCGUUCCCGCCCGCCACCGUCGACACCGACAUGUCGGCGGGCUGGGCCUACGACGCCAUGGGCGCCGGCUGGCGGGGGUGGAUCGGGCCCGACGUCGCCGCGCAGGUGUCGUCCAACUUUGGCAGCUACUCGGUCAGGGACCAGGCCACGGGCCUGCGCGUCGUCAGCCUCAACACAAACUUCUGGUACAAGCAGAACUUUUGGAUGUACGAGCGAAACAUGGAGGCCGACCCGAGCGGCAUGUUCGCCUGGCUCGUCGCCGAGCUGGCCAAGGCCGAGGCCGCCGGCGAGCGCGUCUGGCUCCUGGGACACAUGCCCAUGGGGUCUGGCGAUGCGUUUCACGAUGCAUCGUAUUACUUUGACCAAAUCAUCCAACGCUACGCUGCCACAAUCGCCGCCACCUUCUACGGCCACACCCACAAGGACCAGUUCAUGCUCGCCUACAGCGACUACAGCAACCGCUCCGCCGCCGCCGCCACCAUGGUCUCGUACAUCGCGCCCGCCCUGACCCCGACGUCGGGCAACCCGACCUUCCGCGUCUACGACGUCGACCCCGUCACCUUUGCCGUCCUCGACUACACCGUCUACUACGCCGACCUCGACGCGCCCACCUUCCAGACCGAACCUGUCUGGCAGAAGCUCUACUCGGUCAAGGAGGCCUACGGCCCGCUCGUGGGCCUGACGGAUGCCCGCGCCGAGCUGACCCCGGCAUUUUGGCACCGCCUGACCGAGGUCUUUGAGGCCGACGACGCCGUAUUCGGGCAGUACAGGGCCCGCAAGACGCGCGGCCACGAUGCCCCGUCCGCGUGCGACGCCGCCUGCAAGGCCGCCGAGAUCUGCCAGAUGCGCGCGGCCGACGCGCGCUUCAACUGCGUCGACGUCAAGCCCGGCGUCCACUUCAAGAGGGACGACGGCGGUAGCGGCGGCGGCCUGGACGCGCACGCCGCCGCGCACGACGAGUGCGACGGCGGCCAGGCCGCCCCGAUACUGAACACCGUCGCCACCUCGUCCGCGGGGCUCGAGGCCUUGAGGACCGCCAUGGUCGAGGUUCUUGGCGAGGCCUUCUUGAACCAGACCGUUGCUGCAUGAGGCGGCAAGUCCCAAACCGAAUCAAUAAUCUUGUCGACGCCCUUCAACAUGAUUUUCGUUUGUACAAAGUCCAAAAAUAUAAUUUCCAUCUCGCUUAGGCAAGAAAUAAUCCUACCCAUAAAAACAAAUCUAAACCAACCGCCUCUAGGGUAUCUUUACGCAUAUGGAUAUACUGUUUACUCGCUUCAAAAGAAACCCCCCCGCCCCCGAGAGAGCAGAGAGAACAUAACGAUAAUAAUAGAAAGAAAAAGCUUAUUUCUCGCCCGUUUUGUUCAGGGCAGCGAGCUCCAUGAUAUAUAGGC